GUACCGCAAGCUCCUUUUUCGUAUAGGUAUAAGUAGACUUUCUCUCGCAAAAAAAAAGUACGCAAUUAAAAAGCAUGUAGUGUACAAUUAGACGUAGCCGACAAUCCUUAGCUCGGGGUUGAAAUACGCCUCCUCGAGAACAACCACUUAUGGGCAGUCCAUGUUCCUAACCUCUUCACCAUCGCCAUGGUCUUUUGAGAUAGUCCAAUGGCAGUUAAUAGCACGUAAGUUGUUGAUAUACACAUUAUUUUAAUGUACGCUUAAGGUCGUUAAUAGUACAUAAACACGGGGUUUUAUAGUCGGCAGGAAUACUCGCGGGUCGUGGUCGAGAAGUUUAUUUGAAGUUCUCUGCCUCAACGGCUAUAGUGUAUAUCACUGACUGAUUUCUAUAGCCAAUGUAGGUUAUUUAUUCAAGCUUGCCCUCCUUCGAACGGUUCGCGAAUUUUGCAGAGCUCAGACAAGCAUACUGUGCGACUCUUUGCCAGCUGUAUUGUUUGGACGGGGUUCAGCUCCAGCAGCUCUUUUUUCCGCCUGUUGCGUUUUCAAUCUAUCUCCAUAUCUAUCUAUUUUCAAGUCCGUAACCAUCGCUGCAAAGUGUUGAAAGGUACCGAGAGCUGGCGUUGUGGCCUUGAGGCCUUAUAUAGGCAGCGGUGCAAUCCAAACCGGCUACCGUCUUGAAGGUACCGAGUUCCAACCUUCGUUUCGCUGGACUAGUCCAUUUUCAAGUCAACUUCUAUGCUAAAACGUUCGCGGAGGAUUCGAAAAAGCGGCCUUGCGUUGGACUGCCUACAUAUACCGUGUAACCUUGUUACAGCCAAGUCCAUUACACGCGAAAGCAGCUUCGUUACAUCGAAGGAUAUCUUACGGACGUAUACAUGUAGCACCGUACAAGUGGUGAGACUAUUUUUCGUUUAUUUCCUUCCUGUAACCGAUAAUUCGUAACGUCUGCAGUCGUUAAGGAAGAGAAAUUGACAACCACUCGUCCGUAGCUCGAAGCUACGAGGAAAUCCGUACGGAUUUCCGGUCCGGGGAUCAAACCCGAGAACGACACUUCUUAGUGGUGGUCGAUCAGAACUCGUUUGCAGUACCCUUAUUCGUAAUAUCGAGGUCCGACUGUAAUAGCUAACGACGCAUUCCCAGUCAGCAUGUCUCGCUCCGCGUUCGGAAGGUGGAAGCCCAGCGCGCUGCUAGCGACCGCCACCGUCUUGGGACUCUACUACGUCCUGCUCAAGUCGUCGCUGUCGCCGGACGCGCCGUUGCGUCAGUCCGAACCGAGACGGCGUAGCGUGCAGUCGUGCGUUCACGACCCGAUUCCGUGUCCUCGACUGCGAUACGUCGACAGGCGGGAGGACGACCCGUCGAUGCUCGUCGACCUGUCCAACUUCACCUACUUACUGGACUCGCCGCCAUGCGGCGCUAGGGCAGGCGACGUCACAGUGUUGGUGGUCGUGCACUCGGCGGCGGCUCACUUCGCCGAGCGUGACGUCAUCCGAGCACGGGGGAGCCGCGAGUCUGAGCAGUAUGUGACGCUCAGGGUGGUCUUCAUGCUGGCAAGGAGGCCCGACGACCCGGAGCUAGAGGACAAGAUGGAGCGAGAGAACCGCAGGUUCGGCGACACGGUGCAGGGAAACUUCGUGGACUCGUACCGCAACCUGACGUACAAGCACGUGAUGGCGCUGCGGUGGGCUUCGACGCGGUGCUCUUCCGUGGCCAGGGUGCUCAAGAUGGACGACGACAUCUUCGUGCACGUCUUCCAGCUGUCCGCCAUAUUGGCCAAGGCCUCGCUGGAAUUGUCGAAUCGCAAAGUCAUCCUCUGCUACGUCCAGAAGCAGAUGCCCAUUUCCAGAAGCGAAGGCAGCAAAUGGAAGGUGACGGAGAGUGAGUAUCCGGGUUCCUUCUUCGAAGACUACUGCUCCGGCUGGGCUUACCUGGCCAACAUGGCCGCCGUCCGAGCGAUGGUCACCGAGGCGCAGUACCGGCCCUACUUCUGGGUCGACGACGUCCACGUUACAGGCACCCUGGCCCGCAUGGGCGGCGUCUCUCUGUCCAGGAUCAACCACAAGUACACGACCGAGGCGGACUCCCUGGCGCUGUGGGCCAAGCCCGGAGAUCCUAGGGACUCCGGCGGGUUCCUGGACUGGGGCUACGCCUUCGGACCCACGUGGGGCGACGUGACGCUUGUCGCGAGAGCGCACCGCAAGGUCCUCUGGUGUCGGAAGCGCGCCUGCAAGUGCUGUUUCAAGGCGGUUAACGCGAACGCCGACAGCGCCAGUGCGCCCAAGAACGGCUCGAUCGGCAAAGCUGUGGUGCACUCCUUGUCAGUGUUCUAGUCGUUCCUGUUGGCCUUGUUUAGGACAAUUUAUGUGCCGUGUUUCUUUUUCUAUUGUGAUAUCGAGAGGCAUGUUCUUGGAACUGUGUUUUAUCGCACUGAUCUGUGCUGGAACAAUUUUGGUCUUGCAACCUACGUCUUCAGCGUCGUAGCACUUCAGCAUUUUUAAAUGUGUUGUACUGGGGUAGAUGAUGUGUGUGAAAUAGGGUAAAUAGCCCAGGCGCCCUCCUCUGCGACUGACCAAUCAGGAAGUGUCUACAACGUGAGAUGUCGUCGAAAUCAACGUACUUAUGUUUCGUGAUUGUUGACGAUGUGGUUAAUGACUAUACCGUUGACUACUCCACGGCUAAAUCGUCUUCGUUGUGUCGCGAGCUUCGUUAUGUGGUCACCAAAUAGACGCCUCUACAGAAGUCUUUGUUGUUGUCGUUGUUUUCCUCUCCUAAAGUGUGAAGUUGGCGUACUUAGCAAAGUGAGACAGACUCGAGGGUACGAAUGCACACUAAACUUCCAUGAAUGUGUAGUGUUUUACUGGCACAAGAAUGAAUUCAGACAUGCGUUUGGGGGUUGUCAUAUUAAUAGUAGUGGUAAAGCGCAUGUGGGAGCCAGCCUCGGAAUGGCUUGCAUGAAGAAAAUGCCCGACUUGUUAUCUCUUGCAUACACCCCCAAGUGCACCGGAAUUACAGAUAGCGCUGCAUGCGCAGAUUAAGCUUUUGUGUAUACUUCACAUUCCCGCCGAAGUGCGCUCUUUAAGUUGUUAUUCUGCGGUUUUGUUGUUAUGGUCUCAUUAUGUUGUAUAGCGGUGUCUCCAUGCCGACUUACUUUAUUAUGAGACAGUCUCUGCGCACGUGCGUUCGGGGCGGGGCAGUUCGUAUAUUUCAGCGACACAUAACGAUUGUUGUCUGCAGGACAGUAUCUUGACCAUGGCAGCUAUGUGUUUUUUGUACCAGCCUGGAAGACUCGACGAGUUUUGAGGCUGUAGUCUACAAAAAGCAGAAUCUUCGCCGCAUCAUCGAAGUGUCCACGCCCACCAUGUACAUUUAGUGAUUACUGUCCGCCGGUUUACACACCUAUGAUAAAGGUAAACUUUGUUUGUUGA